AACCUGUGAAGGAAAUUCCUUUGGAAGUGCUAAACAGGUUCGAUGUGAACUCAACUCAUCAUCGAGGCCUUUCCUCCCUAGAGAAAACUCAACAGACUCUGCACUCAAAUGUUGAUUAUGCAGUUGUAUCUGAGACAUUGCUCUCUGAUCUCUAUUGUAAGAGAGUUUCAGACUCGAACCUGGGACGAUUAACUUACUGCCUGUUUUGGGAUUCAUAUAGAAAGGACUGCUUGUAAAUCAUUGAGCUUGAACAUGGUUGGGAACUUGAAUUUAUGGGUCAUUCUUGUAAUGGGCAUACUCUAAAUGGAUGCUUUCCCAUUAUAUCACGCAGGAAUCUCAAUGAUGCCAUGUUUUUUUAUAGAAAGAUCAGGUGAUUAAAAGGAACACUUGAUCUGAUACAAAGGGACAUCCCACAUUCCUUUCUUGUCUAUUCUUUGAUUUAUUUUAUAUGUUCUUUACUUUGGUGCACUUUCUCUAUUUACAGAGUUGCAAACCCCAUAUUCCCUGUUUUGAGUUGGAUGCCUUCAACUGUUAAACAUUCUAAAAGCUUUAUCUGGAAAGGCAAAAUAUUAAUUUACACAAGGAAUAAUAUCAUUCUGAUCUAUAUGCCCCUAAUCCAAUUCACCCAGUUGAGGUUUUCUUCAAAUUUUCCAGCCUGUGAGACGGAAGGUGAAUUCCAAGCCAUCUGUGCUGAGAGCAUCCUGGAUAUGGUGGCUUCAGAAUCUUGGACGGCUGGGAAGCUGUUCAUUCAAAAACCUCCAUGUGAAAUGCUUCUUGUCUGUGGAGUAAAAGCUACAGUAGGGCCACUUUCCAAAAACAAUCAGAAACUGACUUAAUAACAAUGUCUCCCCCUAAAAGCGAGUUUUUGCAGCCCCUUGUGUGAAAGCUUAUGAGUAAAGCCUUGAACCCAAGAAUCUUUAGCCUUUAAGCAACCUUUCCUCCAAGCAAUUCUGCAAUUGUCUCUUCCUACCACUGGGGAAAAAAAUAAAGCUCAUAUCCCUAUCUUCCAUCAAUGAUCCUGCCUGAGCCGAAUUCCUUUCUGAUAUAUCAUCCCUGCAGUAAUGGCAGUAACACACGCCGAUCUUGCCCCAAGCCGUUCGAGCACAGAACUUGGCAGCAAAGCCGGCACUGUCCUCCUAAUCAUAUGCAUCCUCUGUGGCCUUUUCUGCUUCAUUCUCUGCCUGAUCGCUGAAGCCACUCGCUCCAUGGUGACAUGGAACAGUACUGGUGAAGGCAAGCACCCAACAAAAGAAUGCAUAUACAGUGGGAGUGGGAAAACGCCAUUGUUGUGUGCAGGCAGUGCCUUUCUUGGCCUGGCAGUAGUCAUGGUGGUGGAGCACACCUACAUGUUGGUUGCAGUCAGUAAAUCAACUCCUCCAGUUCUAAUCACCUGGGACCCCGACUCUAGUUCUGCCAAGGCCCUCACAUGGCAGGCUGGCUUCUUCUUCAUCUCAACAUGGCUUUUCUUUGCUGUUGGAGAGAUAUUGUUGCUGAUAGGGGUGAGUGUGGAAUCAGGUCAUCUCAAAAACUGGUCUACCCCAAGACCCAGUUGCCUAACCAUUCCACAAGGCUUGUUCUCUGCUGCUGGGGUUUUUGGGUUGGCCACAACUUUCCUAGCAACAGGUUUAUACUUGACAGCAUUGAAGGCACAUAGGCUGUGCCAUGAGCAGGAAACCGUGAGAAGGCAGGUGCUGGAUAUCUCAGUUCUCUUUGCUUCUCCACCAAUGUCACCCAGGCAUAGAAUAAUCACAGCCAUGAAUACAGAGAAUCCCACUGCUAGGCAAAAUCACAGUGGGCAGCCACCAUCCCAAUUCUCUUCAGUUUUCACCAAGCAUUCCAUUGAUCAAGUCUAAAGCAAGCAAAGUGGGGUCCAUUUUAGGCAAAGAAAAUGGAGAAACUGUGUAUAUAUAUACAUGUAAUACUGAUAAAGUACAUCUGAUUGAUUUGUUCAUUUAAUUUUUUCGUACAUAGCUUUUGUUUUUCAGCAAAAA